AUGGAACAGAUCACCAGCUUCCUGUCGUUACUUGGAGAAGAAGUAGAAGAUGCCGACGAGGAAGCCUUCUACCUUUUCGCACAAGACAUCCCAUCCUCAAAUCUAGGCUUCGUCGACUCGCGCGCUACCACCGUCGACCUCACAAUCAAUAACCAGGACUACACCAUUCAUCAAUCGCCCACGUUACUCUCCUCGACCCGUGCAGGGGGCACAACAGGCGCAGUCCUCUGGAAAAUCACCCCGCUCUUCUCCGAAUGGCUCUCCUCCCCGACCAACCCCCUCUGGACCCAAUCCCUCCUCUCGUCCGCCUCCACCGUCGUCGAGCUCGGCUGCGGCAUCUCCGGGCUGAAUGCCCUCACCCUCGCGCCGAAGGUCCACCACUACAUCGCGACAGACCAGGAAUACGUCCACCGGCUCUUCCGGCAAAACAUCGAGACCAACCACCAGCCCUCGACCGCGACCAGAUCCUCCAAGUCUCGUAAGACGCAGCAACCACAACAACAGCCCAAACGCAGCAAACACAAGCAGCAACAGCAACAAUCGACAUCAUCACCAAACAUCACCUUCACCUCCCUGGACUGGGAACUCGACAUCGCGGGUUCGCUAAAAGCCAGUGUCGGCCUAGAGGACCCUGACAUUGACGACGACAACGAGGAGGAAAAAGAGGUAGAUCGAGGGUUCGAUCUCCUGGUGUCCUGCGAUUGUAUCUACAACGAUGCGCUGGUGGCGCCGUUCGUGCGCACGUGCGCCGAUAUCAGUCGGUUAAGGCCGAUUUAUACCACCGAUAGUCACGGUGCGGGGAGGAGGGGGAGCAGAACGCCGACGAUCUGCCUCAUCGCGCAGCAGCAGCGGUCGCCGGAGGUGUUUGAGGCUUGGCUGCAGGAGACGCUGAGGGUGUUUCGCGUCUGGAGGGUCAGUGAUGAUGUGCUUGGAGGGUCGCUGAGGUCCGGGACGGGGUAUUUGGUGCAUCUGCUGCUUCUCCGGUAAUUGAGAGCUGGUGCUAAGCUUGGGCUUGGGGGGGGACCAAAGAGUGUAGUCGGGUCGGGUCAAGACGGGUUUGGAAGAUGCAAUAGAUCAUAG